AACUUUUGGAGUAGAAAGGCUAAUAAUAAAAUGCACAUUUUUGUGACCAAUAAUAAAUUAAAUGGCUGAAGAUAUAAACAAAAUAAUAUUAAAUACGCAAAAUGCACAAAUAUUAAAGGAAUAAUAUCAGGUAGCUUCUACUCCAACAGCUUUCUUAUUCUAUUUUAGGGGACGGCUUAACGGCAGUACAGCAAAUUUCAAUAAUAAUAAUAAUAAUAAUAAUAUUAAUAAUAACUCCUAAAAAUGAAUAAAUAAAUAAAAAUAAAAAAACAGCGAAAUAAAGCUUCACAGCCGAAAUUGAUUUAGUGACGAUUUGGUUCCCCGCGAAAAGUUUGUUUAGGGAAUUGAGCUUCGUAGGGGAAUUAGAUUUAGUGGCCGUUGGGUUCGCCACGAAAAGUUUGUCUGUGUAUGUUUAGUCUUCUGUUUUUAACUUUUACUUACUUGUGUCUGAUUUGUGAUUAUCUGAUUUUUAGAGUCUUUUUCCCAUCUCUUCCUCCCGCUUCUUCCUGGCAUUUGAAGUUUAUAGAGAGAGAGAGAGAGAAAGAGAGAGAGCCACAGACCCAUCACUCAGCAUUGGUUCAUCAUGGAGAAAGACAGCAAAGCUGAGCUUGAAAGUUUUCUCGAAAGUCUUCCUCCUGUGCAGUUCUGCUGUGUCUAUGGCUCAGCUCUACAUCCAAACAAUCGUGACAAGUCCAAAAUGGUCGACUUCAUUCUUGCUGUUCCAGAUCCCCUGAAUUGGCAUUCUGAGAAUAUAAAAUUGAACGAAGCUCAUUAUGCCAGCGGGAUGGUGUAUGGUGGAGCAAGACUGAUUACUGGAGUUGCUGACAACAUUGGUAUAGGAGUGCACUUCAACCCUUAUGUUAAUUGGAAUUGCAAGAUGUUGAAGUAUGGAGUUGUUCGCAUGCAUGACUUGGUUCAGGACAUACGUAACUGGGAGAGAUUCUACUUGAGUGGUCGAUUACAAAAACCAGUUCAUUUACUGGUUGAUGAUUUGGACAUUGAAAAUGUUAACAUGGUUAAUUUGAGGGCAGCAGUUUCUGCUGCUCUUCUCCUACUGCCAUUGAAGUUCUCUGAGGAAGAUCUUUAUGCCAAAAUAUGCAGCCUCUCAUAUAUGGGUGACUUGCGCAUGCUUUUUGCAGAGGACAGAUAUAAGGUGAAGAAGAUUGUACAAGGACAGUUUGAUUUAUUCCAGUUGAUGUAUAAGCCAUUUGUUGAAGAGUACGAGGCUAAAGAGGUAUUGAGAUGCUCAUCAUCUGGAACUCACCAAGCAAGCAUAUCUCAGGACUAUGGUUUAUCAGCUGCUCAUGCUAUUGUAUCUUCUCUCCCUCCAGCGAUCAGAAGGCAAAUGGGGCUUAAGCUGGGAGAGAGGAAAUGUCUGACUGAAUCUGGUCAAGUUGUACUUGAACCAGUGAUUGGCUCAAGAGAAGAGGCUGCAAAAUGCAUGCAGAAGAUUCUGAGACGAAAAGUAAUGUUUUCAAGUGCAAGACAGGCUAUCUCUGGUCUUCUGUCUGUUGGCGGUGCCAAUGCCAUGAGAUAUCUGGGUAAUAAAAUCCGCAAAGCUUGGAAAUCCUGGAGAUGAUAUAUAUUCAAUUUGUGUCUAAAAAUACUAGUUCAGACAUGCCGGAUACUUCAACAGGAUAAAAUAUAUCAAUGCAAGGUGCUUUCACACUUCCUAAAGGCUCCUUACAAACUUAGAAUUAGCUGAUCGAUUAGUUUUCAUUAUUUGGUUUUUUCCUCAAUUUUUUUUAGCUUUUAUUUAUUUAUAUUUUUUUUGGUACGGUAAACUAUUUAGAUAUUUUUUUCUUUAGCUGGGAAGGAUUAUGUUAGGAUGGAAAAAUAGGAUUCAUGUGUUGAAAAUGAAUAUCUUUAAACCAUAUAUUUUAUAGAGCAAUGCUAGGUUCCAAAUGUUGGAAGGUGUAUGUAACCAGUGCCUUUUUUGUUCUAAAUUUAAAAUGUGAAACAAGUCAUACAUUUUCUCGUUUCA